UUGAUUGUGUACGUCGCUUGACAUUAGUGGAUUACAAUCUACUUUUAUUGCAAUAAAUACGGAACUGUGUUAAUGAAGUGAUAGCGCUGCAACGUACCAAAUACGAUGGAACCCUGCAGAGAUCCUAUUUGCGUUCGUAUUAAGCGUCUGAACAAACUUAUACUUAACGCCGAUAAAUGUGUUUUUAAGAAUAAUUGUCUAGGAAGAGAAGGACUGCUUGAUGCCUUGAUAGUACUGUAUGACGAAUGCAGUAACGAUGCUCUUAAGAAGGACAGACACGUCGAAUUGUUCGUUGAAAAAUUUCGUGGAAUUGUGGCAGAACUUCGAAGACUGCGCGUUAAUGUUACCGAUUUCGAGGUGAAGAAAGUUAUUGGACGCGGGCAUUUUGGUGUUGUCCAAGUUGUAAGAGAGAAACAAACGGGAAACAUCUAUGCAAUGAAAACUUUGCGAAAGGAUCAAACACUUGAUCAGAAUCUGAUGGCAUUCUAUCAGGAAGAACGAGAUAUAAUGGCACAAGCAUCUUCUCCAUGGAUUACAUCAUUGCAGUAUUCAUUCCAAGACAUGCAAAAUCUGUACCUGGUAAUGGAAUUUCAUCCUGGAGGUAAUCUCCUUUCACUUCUCGAUAGAUUUGAUGGUGUGUUGUCGGAAGAAUUGUGCAGGUUUUACCUCUCGGAACUGGCACUGGCUAUCCACAGCUUACACACAAUGGGGUACGUUCACCGUGAUAUAAAGCCAGAGAACAUCCUCAUAGACCUCUGUGGGCACUUAAAGCUUGCAGAUUUUGGGUCAUCAGCUAGAUUGUCAGCUGCCGGUAUGGUCCGCAGCAAGCUACCCGUGGGCACUCUGGACUAUAUAGCACCGGAAGUACUUCUCGUUCUGGAAGGUCCUCAUCAUGGUGUUUCAUAUGGGGUUGAAUGUGACUACUGGUCAUUAGGAAUAGUGGCCUACGAGAUGGUGGUUGGAGAUACGCCAUUUUCUAAUGAUGACGUGGCGACCAAGCAGAGUAAGAUCGCAAACUGUGCUGGGAAAAUGGUGAUUCCGCCAGAUGUUGAUGCCUCGCAGUCAUUGAAGCAGCUCGUUGCUGGCCUGCUGCAGGAUGCUGCGUCACGCCUCGGACAUGAGCAUCUCCUGCGACACCCUUUUUUCUACUCCGUUGACUGGUCCAACUUGAGGGAAUCUGUGCCACCAUUUAUUCCAUCAGUCAAAGGAGAUGAUGAUACUUCAAAUUUCACAGAACUUGAGCCUCCUGUUCAGAAAUUGUCAAUAGAAGAUUUUAAAGUGAAGAAAGAGUUCUCUGGACGAAAUUUACCAUUCAUUGGUUUUUCCUAUUCUCAUGAAAUAUCAUCAAAUGAAAAAACAGAGACUUCUCCACCAAAAAAGACAGAGGACCCUGAGAGUGUGAUAAGUAAAAAGAACAAGGAGUUAGAGAUACUGCGUAAAAAGCUUCUUGAAAUGGAGAAACGUAGUGGAGAUCUGGAUAGAAGUGUACCAGCUCUCGAAGAUCGAUGCAGGUCUCUCGAAGAUGAUCUAGCGAAAGUGGAGCUUAAAUGUCAAAAGUUGAAAGCUGCCAAUGAGGCACUAAAAAGAACAACUGAUUUGGAGCGUGCAGAGUGGAAGGAAAAUGAAAUGAAAGCUAUUGCCUUGAUACGUGACACUAAAGUAAAGUGGCAGAGAGAUCAAGAAGAAAAACUUGCUGCACUCAGGAAGCAAUUAGAGGAUAAAGAGGAAUAUAUUACAGAGCUGUGCACCCAGAACAAUGUGCUCACAAGCCAAUUGGAUCGCCUCACUGUUCAGGUGGAGAAGAAUGAAGGAGAACUGCGUGCACUGCAGAGUGCAUUACAGAAAAGUCAAAGCAAUGUGACAGAGGCAACCAAACUAUCACGCCAAAGUGUUGUUGGAAUGGAAUCUCAGAUGGAGAAGAUCAUAUUGGAUCAUCAAGUGCAAAUUACAAAACUUAAGGAGCAGUUGGCGUCAGAGAAGGACCUGCGGUCUGAGGUUGAGGCAAAAUUACAGGAGACAAUUGAGAACUUUGCUCACCGUGAAGAAGAGCUAGUAAAUAAAUGCAGCCAAACCGAGCAAGAAAUGCAAUUACUGCAGACAGACAUGGUAAAAAUUCAAGCAGAACGAGAUGCACUGACGGAGAAGAUGUUGGUGAUGACUCAAUUGGAAGCAAAGCUGAUUCACAUUCAAAGAGAACUGGAGGAGGAGCGAAAGAAGUGUGAAAACCUGCAGUUACAUCUAGGGGAUAUUGAGGCAAGCUUGAACCAAACAAUAGAGCAACAGGAAGCUGAGGUAGCAACACAGAGAGAGCAAGUGGCAGUGCUGGAGACAGAACUGCGUGAAGUAACGGAAGAGCGAAUGAGUCUGCAAAAUGCUCUGUGUGAGGCACAGCGUAAACAAGAGGAAGAAAAUCAAAAAGUAGCAACUUUAGAGGAACUACUGCAUCGCCUUGAACAAGGAUUACUGAGACUAGAAGAAGAAAAUUUGAAAUUGAGAGAUCAGACACAAACAGUGACAGUAGACACAAGGGACAAUGAAGAAAUGAAAAAACUUGUGAAUGAGAAAGUUAUACUGCAAACUCAGAUUGAAAAACUUGAAAGCCAAUUGGAUAAAUUAAAGGAAACAUCAGUCCUUGAAAGAGAAGCAGCCCGAAUUGUGCAAGAUAAUCUCAUUAAGGUAGAGAAGCAGCUGUCAAAUGCCAAGAUAGACCUGCGCAUCGCACAGAGAGAAGCCAAAACUGCAGAAGAUAAUGCAAAGGCACUACAGGAAGAAAAGAAGCGCCUCGAACAGAGGUUGCAAGAAGAAGGGAAGGCUCAAGCUGCUCUGCUCCUGUCAGCUCAGCAGGCUGCAGACACGGUGCGUGCGGAUUUACUCGCAUCUCAGAAGGAACUGGUCAGCGCGAAGGAAUCUGCCACCCUGAACAAAAUGAGGAUUAAAGAGCUGGAGGAACAAAGUAAAUCACUGAAAUCGGCUGCAGAGAUUGCAUUAAACAGAGAAAGCAAUUUGAGACAGCAGAUUCAAGAGUUGCAACAAACUGUACGAAGACACCAGACCGAUUUGUUGUGUCUGAAUGACAAGAGUACAACCAGACUGAAUGAGCUGAAGGAGGCGACCAGGAGAGCAGAAACUGCAGAGCAGAAUUACAACAACAUAAAGGGCUUAUGUGAAGUUUUAGAUGCCCAGUUAGAAGAAUUUACUGCAAUUAUAAAAUCACAAGAAUCAGAACUAAAUACUUUGAAAGCAAGAAAGGCAGAACUAGAAAAGAAUUUGGACAAGUACCAAGCAGAGAUAAAGACAGCACGUGUCAGCAUAAAUGAGGAGAAAUCUUUGCGCAUAAAGGCUGAAAAGAGAGUGGAUGUUGUUGAAGCUGAACUCGAGGACCAUAAGGAAAAAAUUGACAGCCUAGAAAGCCAGCUGUCAAAGUACAAGAAUGUGACAAAUGAUCUCUCUCAGCAGGUAACAGAUCUUCAGGAGAAUAACCACGAGGCCGAAGCAGCUAUAAAAACAUUACAGAGGCAAGUUAAAGGUCUGCAAGAAGAAAACUGCAUGCUGAAAGAAGAGAUAAGUCAGAGACUCACACAAAUACAUGGUAUGCGAGAGUCCGGUUGUGAACUAAACAAACAACUUGAAAAUGCUGCUAUUGCUGUCCAGUGUGCUGAGACUAGGAUCGCUGAACUGCACGCUAAAUUAGAAGAAACGCAGGUGGCGUACAAGUAUGAGGAGCUAAAGGCAGAGUCAAAGAUACGACAACAAGAGAAGCUAAUUCUACACUUGCAAACAAACUUGGAAAAAUAUUCCAAGAAAAAGAAGACCUUAACAGAUAAACUGUUCGGUGGUUCCUCUGGUGGUGGUCGGCAAAAGGAAUAUAUGCCCCCUGGAGCAAUGCGGGAACUGGAGGAUCUACGAAGUAGAGUCAAGAGCCUUACGUCACAGCUGUCAGCUGAAAAAUCAAGAGGCCAGAGUUCAGUUAAUGGGAUACCAGCUAAAAGUCAGCCUACUGUAUCUCUACCUCAAGCAGGCAAAGCAUCCAAUAAGACGAUGGACAUCCAGAGUGUUCAGCAGCUCACACUUCGACCAGAGGCCUCCACUCCUCGCAUGCACCACAGCCCUUCUCACAGAAUUGAGACAAGUCUGUGUACUAGAGCAACAAAGUGCCAUGUGUGUACUGACAGUAUACAUUUGGGACGGCAGGUUUCCUGUUGCCAAGAAUGUGAAAUAACUGUACACCCGAAGUGUUCUUUGCUUCUACCGAAAAUGUGUGGCAAACCUCAAACAACACGUCAACCCAAUGGAACUCUGGGCUCAAAGUUGUACAGAGCCGAACAUGCUGACGUGAACAAAGCAACACCUGGAAGUAUGGAGGGUGCUGUGAAAAUUUAUGUUAACGGAGAAUGGAAGCAAAAGUACUUGCUUCUCAAGGGGAGCGCCCUUCUCAUAUAUGACAACAAGCCUUUGUCGGACAGUGCGUGCCCUGACAGCAAAUUUGAAUUGUGUUCUGACGAUAGCAUUACGAGUAUUGUCCGCUCUGUGCAUUCUCCAGAAACAGCGUCACUUUCAAAUUUGGAUGUGCCAUUCUUGCUGAAGGUGGAAGUAAAUCCUCGGCGAGGUUGCUGGCCGCCGGUGUCACUGCUGCUUCUGAUCCCGAGCCCAGAGGAGAAACAGCGGUGGGUCCUCGCCAUGGAGGCGGCUGUGACUGGACGGCACGCGCAGUCCUACCGGGGCAGCCGGCUGCUGUCGCUGGACAGGGCCAGUGCGCUGGACAUAAACUGCUGCCUGGCACUGUCGGACAAGGUUUUGCUGUUGGGAGCAGAGGAAGGUCUCUUUUCAUUCAACACAAGUGCAGUGAAUACUAGUAAGCCAGUUAAAAUGAAGGGUGUCAGCAAAGUUCAUCAGAUGUCAGUCCUCCCUGAGAUCAGAAUUGCUAUUAUGAUAGUAGGUGACUCUCGUACACUGGUAUUUUGCAACCUGGCCCACCUGGAGUGUAAUGCUAAAGCAGCGGAGUGCUCUGCACCUGCAUUGCAUUUACAGCCAAUAUUGCCAGGCUCUGAUUCGUAUCACCUCUUUGCGACUGGAGCCCGGAACCUUGUAUGUGUUGCUACUGCCACAAAGAUCAGGCUUCUUCGCUGGUCUGCCAGUCAGGCGAAGUUUGUACUAGUGAAAGACAUACCAACAUCAGAGCCAUGUAGUUGCAUCCAUUUUGCAGAUCAUUCAGUUAUUAUCGGUUGCCACAGAAUAUAUGAAAUUGAUCUUGGUGACCUAUCUGUCGAAGAGUUUCUUGAUCAGUCAGAUGCAUCUUUGUCUCACAUAUUUUUUGGCAUUGAGAAACUAAAUAGCUUUCCAGUUGCUAUUUUGGACAUGAAACAUUCGUCAUCUGAGCAAGAAUUUUUGUUAUGUUUCAACGAACUGGGUGUAUUUGUCGACAAAUAUGGACAGAGGACCCGAGAAGAUGAUGUUAAAUGGAGCCAGAUGCCUCUUGGAUUCUGUUUCUGCAAGCCAUAUUUAUUUAUUUUCCACUUUGGUUGUGUUGAAGUUAUGAGAUUAUCACAUGCGUCUUUCAGACGCUCCAAAGACGAUCUUGAUGAUUCGACAAUAAUAAAUUAUCCAGAGCAGAGGUUUAUUUACUUCAGCAAUCCACGGUUCCUGGGACAGACAAACAGGCUUGAUGCAGUUUGUUUAGCUAGCGUAUCCAGCAGUGGAGUGGAACUCAUUCAUUUGGAAGCUGCUCUCACCUUUCAAACAGAUUCGCUCGGCAGUUCUUCCAGUCUUACUACUACUACUUCACAAGACAGAGCAAGUGGGGGAACAAAUGAUGUUGCUGGGUCAGACUUCAGCUUCACAUCCUCCAUUGAACAGUCACUAGAGAAUAUUGUUGAUGCAGGAGAAGAAAGUGAUUCCAGUGAGCAACAGAACAAAACUGUGCGCUUCAAGAGUCAUCCCCAGACUAUGCUCUAAAUUAUGAUACAUUAUUUAAUCUCAUUGGUUCCAUGUUCUGAACUAUCACUUCAUGAUGCCCAGCUUUGCUAAAAAUCAGCUUGUUCUACAUUCAGUGCAGGAAAGUUACAUGUAUAUAUUCCCACAAAGUGGGAGUGAGUUACCAAAAGACUAAAACUGUCCUGCAGCUAUACUCACAGAUACACCUUUUAGAAAUCAGAAUGUGAUGUUAUUUUUAGUGAUAACUGACGAUGAUUCUUGAUAUCAGUGAGUAGAUGGAACGAGGGUGGUAAAACUGAAACCUGUAUAGUGUCAGUGUUUGCUAAAUAAUUUAAUGAUGACUGUUCAAUUGUUUAUCUAUGAUAUUAAUGUUAUGUAUAAAAAAUUGUUCUGAUUUAUGUGUAAGACACAUUUGGAAUAAUUUUAUCGCAUGCAGGACACACACACAUUGUUAAUGGUUCCCCUUGUGAUUUUAUAACUCAGAAAACUUUUGGUUCAUUUAUUUGUUAUAAUUAAGGAGCUAUAUAUCAGGGUAGAGUUGCCUUCAGGAGGACUUUUUUCUACAAGCAAAAAUGUUCCCUUAUUGUCAUUGACAAUGACUUCAUUCAAAUCUGAACUAACAAAUGCUUGCCAAGGCCUGAAGAACCCAACUUGUCUGCAUGUCAUUAUGAUACAUUUGAAAUGAUUUGUGCCUUUCAGCCGGUAUUCUUUGGAGGAAUUUUAUUGUUCUGUGCUAUGUGUAUGUGAAUAGUUCUGUGAGAAAUAAGUGUUCUAAUUUAUUGUCGUGCAUUGUGAUAAUAAAAUCAAACUAAGCUUUACAUGUUUAUGUGACUAGACUGUAGUCCUUCUUUUAUUUAACAAAAGUUUAGCCUUGACUCUUUUUGAAAUCAGUUUUAAAAUUGUAUGUAAUUUUGUAAAUAAAUGUGACACUUAACAUCUAUACAGUUUCUUUCCCUUCACCUGUUAUGUAAAGAAAUAUUAAAAU